GACGAUAUCUUCUUCCUACCUCUACACUGAACGCACAUUCACCAGAGGUAUCAUGUCUCUCAGCUCAAUGGACCCCUACGCCAACUUCGAGCAGACGGGCUGGAAGAGCAAGCCCGCUGCUGCGCUCUCUGAGGAUGCCCACGCGACGUCACUACCUCCGCUCCCCAUGCCUGGAGGCGCACCGGCACCGGACCCGCAGUACGACGUUGUCAUCGUAGGCUCUGGUCCGGUCGGAUCCACCUACGCGCGCAUGCUCGUCGAAGCUGGAUACAAAGCCGCGAUGUUCGACGUUGGGGAGAUUGACUCCGGAGUGAAGCGAGGCGCUCACAAGAAGAACCUGGUCGAGUAUCAGAAGAACAUCGACAAGUUUGUCCACGUUAUCCAGGGGCAGCUGAUGCCGGUCUCGGUUCCGGUGAACCAGCUGGUCGUCGACAACCUCGACCCGGGAAGCUGGCAGGCCUCAGCGCACUUUGUCCGCAACAACGCCAAUCCAGGCCAGGAUCCCUUCCGCAAUCUUAGCGCGCAGGCAGUGACUCGCGUCGUCGGGGGCAUGUCCACCCACUGGACUUGCGCGACUCCUCGAUUCCAGAAGGCGGAGCGUCCCAUGCUCGUGAAGCCUCCGAAGAACAAUAAUAAGGCGGACGCGAACGAGGAGGAAUGGAAGCGCCUCUACGACAAGGCCGAGGGCUUCAUCGGGAAAGGCGAUGACCAGUACAAGGAAUCCAUUCGUCACAAUCUCGUGCUCGAGAAACUCAAGCACGACUACUCUGGUCAUCGCCAGUUCCAGCAGAUCCCUCUGGCCGCUAAGCGCGUGAGCCCGCGAUUCGUCGAGUGGAGCUCGGCCCAUACCGUCUUCGACCUCGAGGAUCGUCCAAACAAGGAGCAUCCCAACGAGCACUUCCAUCUCUUCCCGGCGGCGAUGUGUACCUCGAUUGAGCGGAGCUCGGACGACAAGUCGAUCGAGGCUAUUCGCAUCAAGGACCUGCGCGGGAAUGGCGAUGGGUAUAGGAUCAAGGCCAAGAUCGUCAUUCUUGCGGCAGGGGCGGUGCAUAACCCUCAGAUACUCACCAGCUCCGGGUUCGGCAAGCUUGGCGCGCCGAAGAGCGCCGAGACGCCCGCUCGCCUACCCUAUCUCGGCAAGUUCAUCACGGAGCAGACGCUGGCGUUCUGCCAGACAGUGAUGAGUGCCGAGCUCGUCAACCUCGUCAAGUCCGACAUGAAGAUCUCGGGCACGCCGGGAAAGCCGGACUACAAUGUGACCUGGGACCCCAACGACACGAAGAACAAACACGAGAAGUGGUGGAACGACCGCGUGCAGGCUCACAUGAUGAAGCACCAGGAGGAUCCCCUGCCCAUUCCCCUCGAUGAUCCCGAACCCCAAGUUACGACGCUCUUCAACGACAAGUUUCCCUGGCAUACUCAGAUCCAUCGCGACGCGUUUAGCUACGGAGCCGUUGCUGAGAGCAUCGACACUCGCCUCGUCGUGGACUGGCGCUUCUUCGGGCGUACGCAUCCGGAGGAGGCCAACCAAAUAUGGUUCUCAGACAAGAUCACGGACCCAUAUGGGAUGCCGCAGCCGACCUUCAACUUCCGCUACCAGUCAGCGAAGAAGCCAGGCGAGUCGGAACUUGAGGCGUCGCGGAUGAUGGCUGAUAUGUGCGCCAUGUCGUCAAGGGUCGGCGGGUUCCUCCCUGGCUCCAACCCGCAGUGGAUGGAGCCCGGGCUCGCGCUUCAUCUAGGUGGAACGCAUCGCAUGGGCUUCGAUGAAAAGGCGGACCGUUGCUGCGUCGACACAUACUCGAAGGUGUUCGGCUACGGCAACCUCUUCCUCGGUGGCGUCGGGAACAUUGGCACGGCAUACGCGUCGAACCCGACUUUGACUGCCAUGGCAUUGGCCAUUAGGAGCUGCGAGUAUAUCAUCAAGAAUAUCCCAAAGGGCCCGGCGGGUAGCGAGCAACAUGAGGAUUGAAGUGUUGGGUGUGACACACCAGCGACUUGUUGUACUAUAUACUCGAACACGAUUGCAUUUGUGUGCUAGUUUCUUCCGAAUUUAUGUUGACAACGGACUUGUUAUUGCAAGAUAUAAGAGUGGGGAUUCGAUGAAGUGGAGAUGUAUAUGAUCACGCAGGCCAGUGACUACCGCCAACAAAAGCGAAAUGAAUGUACAAACAGUCGUUCGCGAGGGCUAUACAGAACUACCGGCACCUCUCCGCGGUCAGAGAGACCUUGCCAUCCCGCAAAGGCCAAACUUC